AGGAGGAUUCAGUUUCCAAAGGUGAAGAGAAGCUGGGAAGUAGGAAGGAGGAAGCAUUUUUUGCUGCAGGUCUGAGAAAGGGCAAGCUGGCAUGGAGAAAGAGAAGUUCCAGCAGAAGGCUCUGAAGCAAACUAAGCAGAAGAAAUCCAAGUCGGCUGAAUUUCUGAUGGUAAAAGAAGAGAGAGCAGCAACAGAAGGCAUUGAAAAUCCAGCUUUUAACAUCAGCAGCACAGAUCUUUCAGCAUAUCAGCCUUCAGAAGAGAAAGUUAUUAGACAUGACAAGCCAGAUAGCACCCUUGCAGCUCACCAACAAAAACUCGGGCUGCAAGCCCAUGCUGAACCAAGAGGAAAUGAAUACAGCAGAAAUUACUUUGACCCGCUGAUGGGUGAGGAAAUAAACCCAAGGCAGUGUGGGAUGGAGGUCAGUGAGGAAGAUCCUAUGAAAUUUGAUGAGCAAAUCCUGUACUCUAAACUGAUGAAGCUUCUAGAUGAAGAAAACAAGAUGCUGGACUUCCAAGCCCGUGUCGCCAGUGAAGAUUUUCCGGAUGCUGUAAUGCCUGUCAGCUCCAGUAAGGCAUGUGACCUUCACAGGGAGCUUGAAGAUGAAGAGAUUCCUUCAUAUAUCGAACAGUUUGAGAGAGAUGUUCAGGAUGACAUAAUUCUGCUUGGCAGCUUUUCACUGGAACAGCACAAGGGAGCUUCUCACCAGAAGAAACAAAAGUGGGGAGCCAGGAUUCAUGAGCUCUUUCAAAGGGUGGGAAGUCAGCUACUGAAAACAGAGGAGAUUGGAAUUGAAGAAGAAAUGGUAGCCAGCUUUGGCAACCUUGCAGAUGUGAAUACUGGAUUAAAUGGAGCAGCAGGACCUUGUGGGAAGCCGCUUAGGUGGUGCCUUGGUGGAACUGGAGGAGCAGCCUCAGGCCAGGAUGACGCGGGCUGUUAGUCACGGUGGAAACUUCUACAACACUGAAAUCUACUUUGGACAAAGCAUCCAGACAGUUCUCCCACAUAAAAGUGCUGUGAAACCAGGCAUGGUACUCCUCUUUGAACUCU